CUUAAUACUUCUCCAAAAAGACAAAAAGGACGUGUAAACAACGUAACCCUUACAAUUAAAAUCCAGAUUCACUUAACUGGAUAAGCCCCCACCUCUUUUCCUCUCACCUUUUCCAAAAACCCAACAUAGGUAAUUCCAAAACCCCAUACACAACCUUUCAUUUUAAAACCCUGUUCACGUACAGUCUCAUGAUCUCUCCCAGCUCUGAUCAUCUGCAUACAAUAAACCGUUCCGAAAACAGUAGUACUCGACUUUCUCGAUCGUGAAGUAUAUUACUUUAUUAAUUAGAAGAGAAAUGAAACCCCACAUCCGCAAACUACUCAGCUUGUCGCUCACUUCAGUCGAACCCAAUACUGCAACGACUCCAUCACCUCCGCCCGGGCCACCCUGGCCGUUGGUGGAGGCUCCUAGCAGCGGACCGUACAAGUCCUCUAUUGUUCUCGCAGUGCUCGCCGUCCUUACCAUUUCAGUUUUCUUCCUCGGCUUCUUGUCGAUCUGCAUUCAACGCUUCUCCGACAAUCCUGCCGCCGAGUUUUCCCGUCGCCGAGGUCGACGGAGCCCGUAUAGAACGUCGUCUUUUCCGACGUCGGAACUUCGAAGUUGGUCAUACCGGCGCUCGGGAUUGGACCCGGCGAAGCUUCAGGCUCUGCCGGUGUACCCUCACGGCGGAAUUAAUGAGAAGUACUACGAGACCAUGGACUGCGCGAUUUGCCUCGGCGAAUUCCAGGGGGAGGAGACCGUCAAGGUGAUACCGUUUUGUAAGCACGUGUUUCAUCCCCACUGCAUUGACACGUGGCUGUAUUCGCACGUGACGUGCCCGGUCUGCCGUGCCACCCGUCUAUUUGAUGAGGAGAACGGUGGAAGAUCUACGGUAGGAAGCAUGACACGUGUAUAGAGGUUGGGGCGGUGGCUUAAUCACAUAGGUUUUUCUUUGAGGAGGAAUAACAUAAAUGAGGCGCUGCUCGAAUGGUAGAGAGAGGGAAUUACAAAUUAACACACGUGUAU